UUUCUAAAUUUAUUUUUCAUUUAGUUACUUCAACAAGAUGAGUUUUAGUUUAUCGCUAUUAACGGUUAUCUUGGUGCUGGGUAUUAUUGCUGGACAAGGAAAUGGAAAGGCCAAUCAACUUCUAUUUCACGAAUUUAAUCAGGGUUUUAACGGAGGUCAGGAUCUGUCAGCGUACGGAGCACCGAAUAACUGUCUAUCGAACUUAUGGUCCCCUGAAUGCCCGUCUAAUGCGUAUAUGGUACCCAUGAGUCCUGAAUUAGUUGAAUACAUUGUUAGCCUACACAACUAUUUGCGUAGCAACAGUGGGUCUCCGAAUAAAGCGAUCCCCUUUCGCUGGAGCAACGAAUUGGAAAAGUUAGCCGAAUCUAAUGUUAAGCAAUGUAAGGUCGCUCACGAUGAUUGUGUGUCCAGUACCUACAAGGUAACCGGACAAAACCUCGCGCUAAAUGUCUAUACGGGAACAUUCAAUGCUCGAAGCGAUAGUGCAUUGGUAUUGCAAUCCAUUAAAUCUUGGUGGAACGAAUACAAGGCUAGUCAGAAGGAGAAAAUUGGUUUUAAAAGGAACAUAGUCCUAGGUUGUGCCGCAUCCAGAUUCUAUUCAAAAGGCUCGCAUAAUUUCCUGAUUGCCUGCAAUUACGCAACAAUUAACAGCCUGGGUCAAUUUGAGCUUCGUCAAGGUAGCCCCGUUGGGCUGGGCUACCCAUUUUAAAAAACGCGUUAUUCUUGAAAAAAAAAAAAAACAAAAAAAACAAACAAACAAACAAAUAAAACAAGAAACCGGUUACGUUAAGUCUAACCAUAUAUACUUGAUAUUUUCACAAGUUUCAUAAAUAAAGCAAAGCAUACAUUGAACAAUGUUGCUAUAAUCGUCCGACUUCUUGUGGGCUUUCCAUUAA